GUUUAUAGUGAUGCCYUUUGGACUAACCAAUGCGCCAGCUACGUUCCAGCGUUGUAUGAACGAUUUGUUUAGGCCAUGGUUAGAUAGAUUUGUUGUUGUGUACCUAGAUGACAUUCUAGUGUUUAGUAAGACCCUCGACGAGCAUCAGGGUCAUCUCAGGCAGGUCUUGGAGAAGCUGAGAGAAAUUAACUUCAAGAUCAAGGCGAAGAAGUGCGAUUGGGCGAAGACCCAAGUUUUGUAUCUAGGCCACGUCUUAGACGGAGACGGCGUUAAGCCAGAAGAUAGCAAGAUCGCAGCGAUUAGAGAUUGGCCCACGCUACGUACGCUAACGGAGUUGCGCUCGUUCCUGGGCUUAGCAAAUUACUACAGGAAGUUCGUGAGGAACUUCUCCACCAUCGCUGCGCCCCUUCGCAGAUUGCUAAGAAAAGAGACAAUCUGGAACUGGGACAAGGACUGCACGUCUGCCAUGAAGAAGCUAAAGCAGGCGUUAAUAGAAUACCCGGUCCUUAAGGUCGCCGAUCCGUCCUUGCCUUUUGUCGUUACUACGGAUGCUAGCCAUUACGGCAUAGGCGCAGUGUUACAGCAAGACGAUGGCAAUGGCUAUAGACCCGUAGAGUUCAUGUCCGCUAGGAUGCCUUCAGAGAAGGUUGCGACAUCUACCUAUGAGAGGGAACUCUACGCUCUCAGGCAAGCAUUAGACCACUGGAAGCACAUGAAACAUUACGAUGGUUAAAGACGCAGGCCAAGAUGACACCUAAGCUUACUAGGUGGGCCGCAGAGAUAGAUCAGUACGACUUCGAGCUCAAGCCUGUUAA